AUGAUUUCUCUACUGGUAAUUCUAGCCGUAUUAUCUGCUGUGUCAGCUGACCCAGCGGUCAUCAUAAGCAAUGGCUUAUUAUCAUCACCGUACACAUCAGCUGCGUACAUAGCAUCGCCGUCUUCACCAUUGGUAGUGCCUGCUGUUGCUCCUGUUGCUCCGGUUGCUUCGGUCCCAGCAUCCUCCGUAGGUGCUCUGCCGUAUACAGCUGUAUCCGACUAUAGAUAUUCAUAUGGCUCCGCACUCAGUUACCAAGAUUACGCCCCAGUUGUAAGUUCUGCUGCGUUGUCUCUACCGUACACUUUGCCUUAUGCGUACGCGUCGGACUGGUACUACCGGAAAUAA